AUGGUCUACCGCUACCAGGAGUGGAGUGAUGGAGUGCAUAACUUUGAUGACCAUACUAUUCUGUCAUUGCAUCUUUGUGUAUUCCUUCAAAACACUCUCCAGACCCACCAGUCCAUUGGAAGCGUGGUAGACGUGCUGGAGAAGACCUGUGGAAAAUCCUUCCCGUCCAAAUAGAGGAUUUUGAAUGCAUACCUCCAUUAUGAAGCCAUGACAGAUCACACAUAUACCUAUUCGUGUGUGACAUGUGGUUACCAUCCCGUCACAGUUGCCAUGGCUCUCCAUAAGAAAGGAGUGUUCAGUAUGCCUGUAAGCAGCAUUGAGCAACCUCCCCCCGAUUAUGAUGGAAAAGUAAAUGUUGAUGAGUUCUGGGAGUCCGUGUCACUGGAAAUGGUCAGUCGUGGACUGAUGCCAACAACAGCAGCCAUAACCACAACUUGGACUGCUUCCAUCCCCACACCAUUGGCUGCCCCCAUCCCAACACCAUCGGCUGCCUCUGGGAGCACAACCACUUUCAUCCCCAUACUAAGUCGUUUUCAAUUGUGCAAUGAAGAUUGUGGUGGCAUGAAACACAUGCUCCACACAAGUGCUGGAAGCAGUGUGACGGACCUCCAGCUCAACACUGUGUUGGAUAUCCAAAAACCAAAGGAUGAGGUAAUAGGUGUUGUGGGCACCUCGGUUUUAAAAAGGCUGGACUUCCUGGAACUUGGGUUAAACAGAGAAGUGGAGGCAACUAUCAUCAACUGCUGUUUGUGGCUGGUGUCACAAAUUGCAGGACACAGGGGAAAGGAUGUUUUUGCUGUGAAUGGCUAUGUCAUUUCCACGUGGAAACAGCCCUUCACUGUGAUACCUAUUCUCUCACUGCCAAAUGUUCCAGCACAAGGAGCAACUGCUGACUGUGGUGUGUUCAUGCUAAUGUAUGCACUAUACAUGGCACUGGAGUGGCACUUUGACUUCUCCCUGAAAGAUGUGCCACAACUGAGGAGGUGGUGGUGCCAGCUUCUGCUGGACAACAUUGAACAACAAAGGAAGAGGAAACAUGAGUCCGAGUCCGUAGACGAAAAGGAAAGGAAGAGAAAACGGAUGGAGGGAACUGAGCAGACACUACAGCAACCCUUCCCACAAGACACUGCCAUCCAACAUGAAGGAGAGGAAGACUUGGCAGUUUCUAUUGAUACGUUGUUUCAGUUGCCAUCUUGCCUGUUGGAGGAGAUCUUUGCCGAGGUUGUCCUGAGCGAUGGAGAUGUGGCAAUACUGACCCUCUCCUUGGUGUGUCACCGCUUCAAAGAAGUGGUGUCAACAGAGCACUUCAGAAGAAAAGCUCAUUUCAUGUGGCUUAACAGUGUUGCAACUUCGAGCAAGUUCACUGAAAGGUACCGAGCAGAGUUCUGCAACAUGUAUUCCCUGGAAACGUGCAGAGAGUGCAACGAGACCUAUAAAAACUGCAUUCCAGUCAACCGCAUCUAUGAUGAUGACGGCACCAGCACAGAUAACCAAGCUAACACUACCGCUAGCACAACUAGCCUGACAGUGGCUAUGAAUGAGGCUAGUACAAUCAGCAUGAAAAGCACACCAGAGGAGGAGGACUACCACCAGCAACUGGGAACACAGGACCUGGCUGCCACUCCACUAACAUUUAACCCCAAGAGGAGUACCCAACCGACCCAUGCCUGUUUCACAACUGGCCUCUUACCACCGAAGUGA